AUGGCCAACUCUCGGCUAGCUCUAGCUCCUCUCCUCCUCAUCGCGGCCAUGCUUCUCUCAACCGAGACAAUGGCUCAGCCGACAGCCCCUGCUCCGGGCCCGGCUGGUCCCAUCAACCUCACACAGAUCCUCGAAAAAGGUGGUCAAUUCACUACUUUCAUGCAUCUGUUGAACAUCACUCAAGUCGGUAACCAAGUCAACAUUCAGGUCAACAGUUCAUCCGAAGGCAUGACCGUGUUCGCGCCAACGGAUAACGCUUUUCAAAACCUUAAACCCGGAACCCUAAACAAGUUAAGCUCAGACGAACAAGUCAAACUCAUUCUCUACCACAUUAGUCCCAAAUUCUACACUUUGGACGAUCUUCUUUCCGUGAGUAACCCCGUUAGGACUCAAGCUUCUGGCCGAGACAACGGUGUUUACGGGCUUAACUUCACUGGUCAAGCGAACCAAGUCAAUGUCUCAACCGGUUACGUGGAGACACGUAUCAGCAAUGCGUUGAGAGAACAACGUCCUCUCGCAGUUUAUGUUGUUGACAUGGUUUUGUUGCCCGGUGAGAUGUUCGGAGAGCACAAGCUUUCGCCAGUUGCUCCUGCCCCGAAAUCACCGUCUACUGGAGUUUCCGAUGACUCCAACUCCACUAAAAAGGCUGCGUCCCCGUCGGACAAGUCAGGCGCCGGUGAGAGGAAAGUUGGACUAGGGUUUGGUCUUGGACUUGUUGUCAUGUGUUUGAAAUUUCUCUUUUGA